AUGAAAAUAGUUUUCUUGCCAAUGGAUGCUUAUGGUCAUGUCAACGCUUGUAUUGGCUUGGCAAAUAUGCUUCGAGACUUCGGUCAUGACUGUACAUUUGCAGUCGUCAAACAAUGGCAAAAACCUGUUGAGGAGCAUCAAUUUAAAGUUGAAAUUUUGAAUGAUCCAACAAUUCCUGAGGAUCAAGAUAUGCUUUACAAAUGGGGAAAAUUCAUGAACGAUUUGGCCCAUACUUUUAGUGCUCCACUAAAGGAUCAACAAAUUGAAUUAAUGGUACCAUCUUUCAGAGCCUUUAUUAAUUUCGUGAAACUGAUUGAUCCUCAGUUACCAGAAAUAUUUGAAAAAACACAGCCUGACUUAAUUAUCAUGGAUUUUUAUGUGACCAUCCCUUCAGUGAUUAAAUCAGGCCGACCCUGGGCUCGUCUUUACUCUUGUAAUCCUUUGGGAAUCUAUGAAGGUGAUAAUGUACCACCGAGUGGGUUCGGUCUCGCUCUCAACACUGAUAUUUCCAUUUUCAAGGAAUUGAAGGUGUUUAUGACGGAAAUAAUGAAAGACCUUAAAAGUGAAUUCGACGAAUGGUUGCUGUCUAAAAAUAUUGAACCAGAUCCCUAUGAUUUCAUCAGCUCAUCUGCAUAUCUUAAUGUAUACGUAUAUCCAUCGGAUCUUGAUUAUUCCGAGCUGGGUUCACCUCCUGAGAAAUGGUUUAGAUUGGAUCAUCUUGUUCGUAAAGUGAAACAAGAAUCAUUUGGUUUCGAUGAGUCUUUCUUUGAUAAACCAGGGAAAAAAGUAUUUUUUACAUUAGGCUCAAUGGGAUCUUCAGACAUUGAACUGAUGAAACGUCUCAUCUCAAUUAUGGGUCAAUCAGAGCACCAAUUUAUCAUUUCAAAAGGUCCUUUUCAUGACAAAUUUCAACUGGCAGGUAAUAUGGUUGGAAAUAAAUAUGUUAACCAGAUGGCAAUUUUACCCAAAGUUGAUUUGGUCAUUCAUCAUGGAGGUAAUAACACUUUCAUCGAGACACUUUAUUUUGGCAAGCCUUGUAUUGUUUUACCCUUGUCUGGAGAUCAACAUGACAAUGGACGUAGAGUUGAAGAUACAGGGAUAGGUCGUUGUUUAAAUCCAUACCAAAUUAAUCAAGACCAAUUUUUAAGUACAAUAGAUCAACUUUUAAAUGAUGAACAGAUAACAAAGAAAGUAAAUGAAACUGGGGAAAAAAUUCGUAACUCUAGUAGCAUUGAAGGCUUGAACACAAAAAUCAAUCAACUUAUCUCAACUCAUGUAAAGGUUUAA